GUGACUUGAUCCACUCCACCUCGAGUACUACUCACGCCUUAUAGGGCUGAUUUUGAAGUCUACUGAUAAAGGUCGCUUCUGGAGUCCACUCAACUUACUUCGCAAGACUUUCCGUCAUCCUCCCAGCUCCAUCCUCCAUGGCAGAGUACCGUCAACUCGGCAAGUCUGGCCUUCGGGUCUCUGUCCCCAUCUACGGUGGCAUGUCCAUCGGAAACACGCAAUGGAGUCCAUGGGUCCUCCCUGAAGAAGAGGCUCUCACCGUUCUAAAGGCUGCGUGGGAUCAGGGGAUCAAUACCUUCGACACUGCCAAUCUCUACUCGAAUGGUGAUUCAGAGAGGGUUCUCAGUAAGUUCAUCAACAAGUACAGCAUUCCGCGCGAGAACGUCGUUAUCCUCACCAAGGUGUUCUUCCUCGUUCACAAGGAUGACCCUACCUCCGUCACCGUCCUUCGGCCAGAUCUGAAUGGUACCCGUGACUAUGUCAACCAGGGUGGGCUCUCGCGCGCCGCGCUCUUCAAUCAGGUCGAGGCGUCGCUCAAGCGUCUCGGCACGUCCUACAUCGACAUACUUCAGGUGCACACGUUCGAUCCGACUACGCCCAUUGAGGAGACGAUGAAGGCUCUUCACGACCUCGUUGAAAGUGGAAAGGUGCGAUACAUCGGCGCAUGCAACUUGCGUGCCUGGCAGUUUGCCGAGAUGAAUCGCGUUGCGGACGUGAACCACUGGACGAGGUUCUCGAGCAUCCAGAUCGAGUACUCGCUCUUGUACCGUCCUGAGGAAUUGGAGAUGAUUGCGUACGCCAACUACCGUGGCAUUGGCGUUAUUGGCUACUCCCCGCUCCUUGAUGGUCACCUUGCGCGCCCGCUCGAUACUGUUACUCCUCGCUCGAAGAGCGUCUCUGGGACGUUCUUCGAAAAACCCCGGCGUGACUCCGACAAGAAGAUCAUCCAGCGCGUUGAGGAGCUCGCGAAGAAGAAGCAAUGGACGAUGAGUCAAGUCGCACUGUCUUGGGUGGCGUCAAAGAUCACUGCACCCAUUGUCGGUGCCAACUCGCCCGAGCGUGUUGCUGAGAGCGUCAUCACUGGCAAGGUUCUCUCUGAUGAUGAACUCAAGUACCUCGAGGAGCCCUAUGAAAUCCAGGGACCAAGGUUCUAAGUCACGCAUGUGCGUGUGGAGUACUUCCGGGAACAUUGUUGUCCGUUAUCGCAUGAAGCCCUCGGUCUGUUGAUGCUGCGUGUUGUAGUAGUAUUGUCCUGAACGUGUAUGCCAUUGUGGGCGAUAGUGCAUCGUGUAGCGCCUGUGCAGAGUGAUAAGAAUCUUUGCAACCUCGAAAA